AUGUACGGAUCUGCGACGAGUCCGUUGAAGGAAACCUUAAGUGGUCAACUGAGACAGGUCUUUGAUGGUCUUUUCGAGGCCAUUGUGCUCUACUACGGAGCUGAAGCGGCACUGGAUCUCCUGCGCCUUGGAGACAAGCUGUCCUGCGAAAUAAAAAAUUGGAUCGCAUUUCCAGGGACAGCAACGGUCGAGACUAGCUAUAUUUUAAUAACACACUUGAUCAGAAACAAAUGUAAAGAGCGCAGCAUAUACGAAAAGGGAAGUUGGAAGAGGAAGAGGAAGAAGAUAAGGCAAGCAGGAGUCUUAAAGAAGCAGAUCUGGAGUGCACCAAAGCUGCACGAAUCGCAGAAUGUUAGCCAACGCUGGCUAGAGCAGGCCCAAAACGUGGAUAGUUCACCGGGCGAGUUUCCCAGCCAACGCACCACACCACCACAACUUGAGAUCAACCUGAUCAGUGUAGCUCAUGCAACGUAA